UAUUAUGUUAGGCUACAGUUAAUUGUCUUUUGUUUCCCAAUAUUUUGAUUUUUUUCAGGGACAGUACAUUUUAGUGAAACCGGAUAGUCAGAGAUUUCACAGUCACAUUAUUUAUUUCAAUUCACCAGUAGAUGCCAUAUUACGCCAAAGAAGAAAUGCCCAAGGAGCUACAUGAGGCCAGAUGAGAGGAGCAGUCUAGCAGUAAGCAGGUUGCAGCCCUGCAGGUCACUCAUCUCCCCAAGCCUUUUGUUCAUGUGAAUCAGAAUCUUGGCACAGAGGAAGGUUUCCACAGGAAAAUAUUUGGAGUAACCUGGGCUAAAGUGGAGGCUCUGGUGUUAAAAUAUGCAGAAAAAAACUGAGUUGAAAUAGACGAAAAUACAGAAUUGGCAGGUAAAAAUUAUAACUCCUCUAUCAUCUUCCUCAUCAGCAGGUCUUAACGUUGAGCAGCCAUGGCUGCUCAAUCAUUGGACUCCCCUCCCAAUCCAAGCUGUAAAAUUAUGACAUUUCAACCAACAAUGGAUGAAUUCAAGGAUUUUAACAAAUACUUGGCGUAUAUGGAAUCAAAAGGUGCUCAUCGUGCUGGUUUAGCAAAGGUGAUUCCUCCUAAGGAAUGGAAGCCAAGAAAAAGUUAUGAUGAUAUUGAUGAUCUGAUGAUUCCAGCUCCUAUUCAGCAGAUGGUAACUGGUCAAUCAGGUCUCUUCACUCAAUACAAUAUUCAAAAAAAGCCAAUGACUGUGAAAGAAUUUAGGCAACUUGCUAAUAGUGACAAAUAUUGUACUCCAAGACAUUUAGAUUUUGAAGACUUAGAACGUAAAUACUGGAAAAAUUUAACUUUUGUGGCACCAAUCUAUGGAGCAGAUAUUAAUGGAAGCAUAUAUAACGAAGGUGUAAAGGAAUGGAAUAUCGCUCAUCUCAAUACCAUAUUGGAUAUUGUAGAAGAAGAUUGUGGAAUCUCAAUUGAGGGAGUCAACACUCCAUAUUUGUAUUUUGGAAUGUGGAAAACAACAUUUGCAUGGCACACUGAAGAUAUGGAUCUCUACAGUAUUAAUUAUCUCCACUUUGGAGAACCAAAAUCCUGGUAUGCUAUUCCUCCAGAGCAUGGAAAGCGACUUGAACGACUUGCUCAAGGAUUUUUCCCAAGCAGUUCUCAAGGAUGUGAUGCUUUUCUACGCCAUAAGAUGACAUUAAUAUCUCCCUCAAUAUUGAAAAAAUAUGGAAUUCCUUUUAAUAAAAUCACACAGGAGGCUGGAGAAUUUAUGAUCACUUUCCCAUAUGGAUACCAUGCAGGAUAUAAUCAUGGUUUCAACUGUGCAGAAUCAACAAACUUUGCAACAAUUAGAUGGAUUGAUUAUGGAAAAGUAGCUAAAUUGCUUCCAGCAUACCCGAUCACGAUCAAAAAAGCUUAAAACUCCUGAAGACAAGAAGCCAUCAACCAUAGAGGUUGGUACAGAAAUCACAGCUACUGAAGCAGCUACAGAUUGCUUCAAGGUCAAAGACAAACCAUCACAAAAAGUAAAGCCAGGAGACACAGGAGUGCCUUCUGGGGAAGAACAAGUCUCAAGCAGGAUGCACAUAGAUCAAAAUUUAUUGGAUAACAAAAAGAUACUGGGUCAUUCCCCUUCAAGCUCACAACUUGAUCAAGUUCCUGAAAUGCAUAAUAUAGAAUCAGAAAAGGAAGAGAAAGAAGUCUCUGACCUUGCACGUAGUUUUUCUGAAGAAUCUAAAGUGGCUUUGCUUUCAUAUCCUGACUGCAAUCAAGAUGUUUUAAAAACUUCAAAUAUUUCAAGGCAAACUUCUGAGAAUGCUGCUUCUGAAAUGGAGAACUUUGAGAAAGAAGAAAUUAAUAGUGUAUCCACAGAAGAGGAUGAGAUUAGUGAUGCUGAAAGCAAUAAAAGUGGUCUGGAACCUGGGGAAAUAUCAACGAUAUUUGAAGGAGAAAAAAGCAAAACAUCAAAAAGUUGGCGUCAUCCGCUAAAUAAACCUCCUGCCAGAUCUCCUAUGACGUUGGUUAAACAGCAGGCAAUAAGUGACGAAGAACUGCCUGAGGUUCCCUUAAUUGAAGAGGAAGUACAAGAAACAGAAUCCUGGGCCAAGCCUUUAGUCUAUCUUUGGCAGAACAGAAUACCAAAUUUUACUGCUGAAAAGGAGCACAAUGCAGCUGUUGCCAAGUUGGAACCCUAUUGUGCCAUUUGCACACUCCUCAAACCUUACUAUAAGGCUGAUAAACCUAAUGAAGAAAUAUAUGCCUGGUCAGAAACAAAGCAAAAAGAAAUAUGUAUGUCCAAUGAAAAGACAAAACCACUUAUUCCAGAGAUAUGUUUUAUUUAUAGCGAGGAGAAUACAGAAAACUAUCCAUCCAAUGGCUUUAUUGAAGAAGAUGGGACUAGUAUACUAAUAUCCUGUGCAAAAUGUUGUGUACAGGUCCAUGCAAGUUGCUAUGGUAUUCCUUCCCAUGAAAUCCACGAUGGAUGGCUUUGUUGUAGAUGCAAAAGAGGAGCCUGGACAGCUGAAUGUUGUCUCUGUAAUUUGAGAGGUGGAGCACUCAAGCAAACUACUGACAAAAAGUGGGCUCAUGUCAUGUGUGCAAUUGCUAUACCUGAAGUCAGGUUUGGUAAUGUCACAGAGAGAACACCAAUAGACACGACCAGGAUACCUUUGCAGAGAUUGAAACUGAAAUGUAUCUUCUGUCGACAAAGAAUUAAGAAAAUAUCUGGUGCUUGCAUCCAGUGCUCCUAUGGACGUUGCCCAGCUUCAUUCCAUGUCACAUGUGCUCAUGCUGCUGGGGUGUUGAUGGAACCAGAUGACUGGCCUUACGUGGUCUAUAUUACGUGCUUCAGGCACAAAAUAAGCCAAAAUGUGAAAACCAAACCCUUUGAGAAAGCUGUCUCAGUUGGGCAAACUGUCAUAGCAAAACACAGAAACACACGCUAUUACAGCUGCAGAGUAAUAGAAGUUACAUCACAAGUUUUCUAUGAAGUUAUGUUUGAUGAUGGCUCCUUUAGUCGGGACACCUUCCCUGAAGAUAUUGUAAGCAGAGACUGCCUGAAGCUUGGCCCACCUGCAGAGGGAGAAGUUGUUCAAGUAAAAUGGCCAGAUGGAAAACUUUAUGGUGCAAAAUAUUUUGGAACCAAUGUAGCAUAUAUGUACAAUGUAGAAUUUGAAGAUGGCUCCCAGAUAGCAACAAAAAGAGAAGAACUUUACACUCUUGAUGAAGAAUUACCCAAAAGAGUGAGAGCCCGCUUUUCUACAGCUUCUGAUAUGAGGUUUGAAGAUACGUUCUAUGGUGCCGAUAUUAUCCAAGGACAAAAGAAAAGGCAGCGGGUAUUGAGCUCCAGAUUUAAGAAUGAGUACGUGGAUGACCCCGGCUACCGCAGUUUCCUGAAAGCCUCAUUCCAAAAGAAGUGCCAAAAAGGACUAUAAAAAAAGGAAAGAUUUCAAAUUCACUUUCUCUUGGGGUAUGAAGAGCAUGAAUGUACUCCCUGCUGGGCAAAGAAAAGCAAAUGUAAAAAUUUUGAAGAUGUGUUCUCUUAUUCAUUCAGGUGUCUACCUAGUGGUUAAAUGCAUUAAAUACAUGUAUAUCAAGAAGUUUUCUCCAAAGUAUUUGGAACCCUUUGAAAUGUCUUGAUCUAGGGCUCCAAUGUGGACUUACUUUAUUAAACAUUUGAAUCAAUUUGUGUUGAUCAACCUCAGUUUUGAAACCCUACUGACUAGCAGGAGUAAAAGUGACAGUCAGUGAGUGUUUUGCCUCGAUUCCCUGCUAUUUAAAAAUUACCUAUCUAGAUAGGAAUCUCCACCCCCAAAUAAUUUGUACAAGUUCCACCAGUUUUAGCUUUCUACAGCAUUUGCUAAAACAAAUGCAAGUAUAAAGAGCAUUACGAUCUGUAAGUACUGUGCUGCUCAUCACUUUGCACAGGGCUUUUCACACUAUUUAUGCCUUUACUACUUACAGUACUAGUAGUACUCUUUGGCUAGGUUUAAGUUAACAUGGGAUUUGGGAGGGGGUGUUAAUAAAAGACAGGUGUUUUUAAUGAAGGAUAUCUUUAGGAAUGGAAUGGGCGUGUAUAUUUAAAGGGGGAUAUUUUUGGCAUCUAUUUUUAAACUUUUUUUCAAGAUGUUCUUGGGGAAAGAGCAAUUUGUACAAUAAAUGCCUCAUUGUGUUUAUAAAAUUACAGUUUACAUAUCUUUGCUUAGCAGGCCAGUUUUGAAUUAAUGUAAUAUAGAAAAAUAAUUUUGUCUUCCCUUUAUAAAUAAUAGUCUGCAAAUGUAAUAGUGUUUGAAAUAAAUAAAUAAUGUCUCUUUGCUUA